AUGAAGUCCUGGCUCUCAAUCCCUUCGGGGUCUCAUUUCUCCUUAGCCAACAUCCCAUUUGGCAUCAUUACCCACUCCAGAUUCCAAGUCCCCCGCAUCGCAGUCGCCGUGGGCGAACAUGCUCUUGACGUGAACACUUUCGCACAGAAGGGCGGCUUUGCUAAAUGUGCCGGCCUGGACUCCAGCACCCUGAAAGUCUUCACAGAGCAAUCGCUCAACGCUUUUGCGGCAUUGGGUCGGUCGCAUCAUCGCACCGUCCGCCAUUACCUGCGCGACGUUUUCCGGGAUGAUACGCCCUACCCCGAAAUUCUGCAGGCCAACGAAGAUCUUAAGAAUGAAGCACUGAUUCCCCUCAGCGAGGUGCAGAAUCAUCUUCCCUUGACCAUUGGAGAUUACACGGAUUUCUUCGCUGGUCGUAACCAUGCCCAUAAUGUUGGAACACUCUUCCGUGGCCCAGCCAACGCCCUCAACCCCAAUUACAACCACGUCCCUGUAGCCUACCACGGGCGUGCCAGCUCCGUCGUGGUGUCUGGAACCCCUCUGAAUCGCCCUUGGGGUCAGGUGCUGCCCGCGCCUGGCGCUACAACUCCCGUUUUCAAGCCCUGUGCCAAGCUUGAUAUUGAGCUCGAGCUGGGCAUGUUCAUCUCCCGCGGGAACAACCUCGGGCAGCCCAUCAACGUCGAUGAUGCUGAGGAGCACAUCUUUGGUUAUGUCCUGAUGAACGACUGGAGCGCAAGAGACGUCCAGCAAUGGGAGUAUGUGCCCCUGGGUCCCUUCAACGCCAAGAACUUUGGCACAACCAUCAGCGCGUGGGUUGUGCUCGCCGAUGCCUUGGAGCCCUUCAAGACCGCUGGCCUUACCAAUGAGGUCGAGCUCCAGGAUUACCUCAAGGAGACGAAGAAGGACAACGUCGUGGACAUUAAUCUUGAGGUUGCUCUCAUUACCGAAAAUGGUGACGAAAAUGUUAUUUCAAAGACAUCUUCCAAGAAUCUCUUAUGGUCCUGGCCGCAGAUGGUUGCACACCACAGCAUCACAGGCUGCAACCUGCGCACGGGUGACCUGCUCGGGUCCGGCACCAUCUCAGGCUUUGAAGCCGGCACACAGGGCAGUAUUUUAGAACAGACGCUUGGAGGCAAGACCCCGCUAGAGCUCAAGGGCGGGGAGAAGCGUAGCUUUGUAAACGACGGAGACACGAUUCGCAUCAAGGGUUAUGCGGGUUCCGUUGGUGGUGAGCUUGUUGGGUUUGGCGAGUGUGUUGGAAAGAUCCUGGCACCCAUCUCCAGAAAUUAA